AUGGCCACUUUGAGUCUCGCCCGUUGCCCCGCGGACAUAGCCGGCGCGAGCGUCGUAUCAGCCGACGUGUCCGCGGACCUCAGGCUGCUAGCGGCGCACCUGCCGUGCGACGAUGUUGCUGUCUGCGCUCUCGGCAGCCCCGUGCGCCCCGCUGCUGCCACCACCCACGUGCUCUUUCGCGAUCGCGCCGACCCGGCGGCCGCAGAUGCCCCUCCUCACGCGCCCUCGUACCAUCGCCUCGUCGCAUGGCUGUGCCCGCGACAGCAGCCGGGCGAGCCGUGCGAUCAGGGCCAGUCGCAUGAUCGAAUUCUCGUGCUGCUCAGGCCCAGCCGUGUGUCACUGUACGCGAUAAGAGCAGGCACGAGCCCCGUGUCGGGAAGUCCAAUACCGACUGCGUCAGUGCAGGCCAGGCGCGUGUCCGGCGGCAGGGCGGGCGUGCGAGUGGUGUUCUGGCCGGGGAGCGCGCACGAUUCCCCCUCCGCUCGCGGCGCCCACGAUGCGCUGGAUCUGGCGGGUGGCGCAGCAGAUGUCGCGGGAGAAGCUGGCAGAUGGGAGCAGUUGGCGGGGGGAGGGGAGGCAGCAGCGCACAUGAGCAUGGGCGCGGGUGCGCGCAUGGGGUUCAGCAUGAGCGCGUGGCAUGCACACUUCGAUUCCCCGCCCUGGCACAGCCUCCUGGCCGCCUGUGGCGCCAUGGCAGCGGGCGGAGACGACAGAGAACAGGCGCGCAGCGGCGGAGAGGCGAGCAUGCAGGAGAGUGGGAGCGAGGGCGGGGCGUGGGGGUGUGCGGUGGAGCAGGUGGUGGCUGUGGGGGUGGAAGCCGACCCGCAUGCCUCCCACGUCGCGCUGCUGCUCACGUCGCGCCACGCAUACUCGCACAUGUGCCUCUCUCCCUCCGCACUGCGCUGCCAGGCCCCCCUGCCAGCAUGCAGCAGCGUGCUUGUGCUGGCCGUGGCAGGGGGAGAGAGCACGGACAACGCGUGGCAGGGGACACAGGGCGGUGCUGGGGGGGAAGGGGAAAAUCAGUAUAGUAACCUCUUUAUGGUGGAGGAGCAGUGGCGCGCGGAGCAAGGGCGCAGGGCGGGUGCUGUGGUGCGCGUGCAGUGCUGCAUCCACCUGCACGCGGUCACGGGCGCACAGCAUGGCCCGAGCGCCAUGUGGAGUGCCGUGAAGCUGCAGGGCGCCGUGCUGUGCGCCGUGCAGCCAUGCGGCGCUGCUUUCACGUGGAGCGCCGCAUCUGGCCGCCCCCUGCACUCCCUGCUCCUCACCCCCGCCGGGCCCGCCCCUCUUGCGCCCACUCACGCCUCUGCCCGUCCCCAUGCGCGCCAGGCACACGGAGCUGACGCAGUUGCCAGCGCCAACAGCAGCAGCAGCAGCAGCAGCAGCAGCAGCAGCGAGAGCAUGCAGAGCCGCCCGCCCACGGACCAAGCACAGAGUUCGCUAGGUGUGGCGGCGAGCGGGAUGGGUGACGUGGUGGGAGUGGUGCUGGGGUGCGAGGGCGCGCUGCUGUGCGCCGUCACCACCACAUGCCUUGUGCUCACUGCGUCUCUGCCUGCGCCCUUUCCUCCCCAUGCGCCACUGCCUCUCCCCGCACCUCUCGUCCCCUCCAUGCGCCCUGUGCUGCUGUGCAGCCCUCUGGCAUCAGGUCGCGUGCUGCUGGGGCUCAUGCAUGCAGACAGGCCGGGGCCGGGGGAGGGCAGCACUGCCGUGCUCACAGUGGCCGUGCUGCACUCGCCCCACACGCCCCACCAUUCCCUCCCACACGCUGCCCCCCACCCUGCCGCCGAUGCAACCUGUCCAGCACCAAAGGCACGUGUUGCUGUCUAUUCCUUCCCGCUUGCCAUCCCCCACAACCACGCGCCCACCACCCACACCCCUCUUGCACCCGCCCUGCCGUCUCUCUCGCUGCCCUCCUCCGCGCUGCCACUGCUCUCCUGCCACCGCCUGCUCUGUCUCUCCAACGACCGCCUGCUCCUCCUCCUCCCCGCCCGCCCGCCCUCGCCCCUGCACCUCACCUCGUCCGCACCCCUCUUCCCCAUGUGCCACCUGCCCCGGUCGUGCAUCCCCUCACCCCCACCUGCCACUGCUCUUAGAAUGAACCCCACUGUGGCAGCCCUGCAGUUGGAAGGUGUGCCUUCCCCGACACCUUGUGGUGGGGGCGAGCAGGGAGAGGGGGGAGUGAGGGUGCGGAGAGGACAUUUUGCAAGUGUGGUGGUGGGGGGGAGUGGUGUGGUGGAGAGGUGGGUGGGGGCGGAGAGGCAGGAGGAGGCGUGGGUGUGCAGUGUGAGUGAGGCGAUGGGGGCGGUGAUGGCAAUCGAGGGCGAUGUGAUGAACAGGGAGGACCUGGGCGGCACUGCCUUCCUCUCCCUGCUGCACCACACCGCACACGCCAACGGCUGGCCGGACUCGUGUCUUGUGUUGCAGCAUGUGCGCCUCUGCCUCGACCUCAUGUGCCCUGCACCCUCCGUUGUCAGGCUGCUCUUCCUGCUGCAUGGCAUCAGCGCCCCCCUGCAAGUGAAGGCCUUCCACUGCCUGCUCUCCUACCUCAUCGCGCACCUCCCUCUCGCUCGCUUCUCGCGCUCUCACGCCAGAUACACAUCCAGGACCCUCUGCCGUUGCCACACGCAAUUCUGCACCACCCUCGCCACUGCAAUCCCAAGCCUCUUGCUGAUUCGCCUCACCUGCGCCUCUCCAAUCGUCCCGCCUCCCUCCUACCCCCCCAGUCUGCUGGCGCAUGCCAUCCGCGCGCUGCUGCAGGCGCUCCUGCUGCACUACCACACCGCGCCCGCCUCGCCCCACAGGGCUCGCCGCCCCCACUCGUCGCUGCGCCCGCGCACACCAGCAGGCGCAGGCAGGCAUGGGGGCGUGGUCAGGGGCGAGAAGGGGAGAGGAGGAGGGCAGCGGAGGCAGCAAGAGGGGGAGGCGGGGAGUGAGGAGCAGGCGGCACAGAGGGCGAGCAUGGAGGCGCUGUCAGAUGUGCUGCUCACCCUGCGCCGCCUGCACACUGCCGCCACUCGCCUUGCUUCCCACCAUGCUGCUCCCUCCGCUGCCACUGCUGCCCCCAGCAGCGCUGCAGGCGGCGCUGCAGAGAGUGGUGGUGCAGUGGCAGGAGGAGGAGGGGGUGGCGCGGAGAGACAGUCAGGGAUGCUGCUGCUGUCCGCCCCGCAUGCUCUCGCUGCGGCGCAUGGCCCACAGGCGGUGCUUCCAUCUGGGCCCCUUUACUCCCGCUUGCCUCUUCCCCACCUUCGGCCCUCCUUCCCCAUGCCUCGCUCAACCCACGAUCAGCUUUCAGUCCCCUCCUCUCUCUUCUCCUCGCAACCGCCCCACCAACCCACCACCCUCACCACGCGCUCUGCCCAGCCGCUCGCCCUGCCACCACCGCCCACCGCUGCACCCGCCGUGGACAUUCUCCCCCACCAGCUUGCAGUGCUGCCCCCUCACAGCGCGCCAAUGCGGGCAUGGAUGGAGGGGGGCGAGCAGGAGAGUGUGCGGGCAAUGCUGCAGCGAUGGCAGCAGCAGCAGAGCCCCUCUCAGGUCGUGGUGUGUGACGCCAUCGCCUCCUGCCGCCUGCCCCUCGCCACCGCCUUCCUGCACCACCGCCUGCUGCACCCCCCACGCACACAGCAGCCCCGCCUGGAGGGCGCAGGUGGUGAGCAACACAAGGCGGUGGAGGAAGAGGAGGGUGACACAGAAGCAAGAGAGCAGGGAAGGGCAGAAGCAGACGCGGAUUGGAGGGAAGCAGGGCAGCAGGAGGCGGGGCAGGCGGGCAGGGAGGAGGCGGAGCAUGUGGUGCAGGUGGAGGGGCGCAGGCUGGCGCUGGCGUUCCUGUGGCAGGGGCACGCGGGCAUGGCAGCGCAGGUGCUGCUGCGCCUGGGCGCUCACGUGCAUGCGUCACUGCUGGACCUGCUGCUGCGCUCCUUCUCCUCCCACCUGCGCCACGUUCUCUCACACUACCUGCACCACCACCACCUGCUACCGCCCCCCCUCCUGCACUCCCUCGCCUCUACUCAGGCCAUCCAGGACAUGUACCCCCUGCGAUCCUUCACCUCCGCAUAUCGCCUGCGCCGUGCCUCUGCCCCCGCCUCACUGCAACCCCGCCCUGCCAUGUGCGCCGCACCCAGUGCCCUCCCUGGCACUGCUCCAGACUCCGCACCUGAGGAGGGGCAUGCAGGCUUGGACGUAGGGGGCGCAGGGGGAGCAUGUCACACAGUGGGUCAAGGGGUGGCAGACGCUGGUGGGGAGGAUGGGGUGGAUGAGCGUGGGGCGGAUGGUGGGGCGGGGAGGAGAGUGGAGGUGGGUGCAGGGGGUGUGGAGUGUGGGGAGUGUGGUGGGGGGGUGAUUGGAGGCAGCUGGGGCAGCCUGGUGGCACUGGUGCCCGCACAGGGAGGGCAGGGGGGGAGGCAGGGCGUGGAGGCGUGGGGCGAAGGUGCAGAGGGUGGGGAGAAGGAGACGAUGGACGCAGAGGGGGUGGGUGAUGAGGAGCAGAGCGGGGUGAAGGCAGGUGAUGGUUUGAGCGUUGUGGUGCGGCACGGGUUUGCGUGUGUGGCGACAGCAUGGGUGCAGCACUGGGACUCUGCUCUGCUGCUGCAGGUGCUGGCAGAAGGAGCUCUCCUCGCCUCGUCUCCCACUCCCUCCGUUUCCUCCUCCUCUUGUUCGCCAACUACUUCCUCCUCGGACCUCUCGUCCCCACUCACGGCACUGCAUCACAUGCUAGCCACGCACCGCCUGCACAUCCCACCGUCACUGCCCGCUUCUCCACCACCCUCGCCUGCAUCACUGGUGGCGUGGGAGGCUCUGCUCUCCUUGUCCCUGCGCCACCACCUCCCUGCCCUCCUCUCCUCCACCCUGCACGCCCUCCCUCCCACCUCCCUCGCCCGCUCGCCCAUCACUGCUGCCUUGCACCGCCCUCCGCAUCACUUCCUUACCACCUCCACCGCCCCCACACGCCCCUGCAUGCGCGUGCCAGUGGUGUUGGCAGCAGCAGUGCUCGAACCAACCACAGCCUUGCUCAGGGCGGAGUGUGCGAAGGCGGACGGGGCAGGGGGCAGUGCGGAUGGCAGGGGCAGCAGUGGUUUGAUGCGCAGGGCGUUGGAGGAGCAGCUGGCGGCGCAGGGAGUGCUGCUGGCCGCCCACUGGCGCCACCCCUUGCACCUCCUGCGCCUCCUCGCACGCGCCCACAUGCUGCUGCCGCCCAAGAGCCAUUUGGGGGAGUUAGCGGGAGGGGGGGGGGAGGAAGCAGGGGGAGUGGAUGGUGUGAGUGCAGGGAGGCGUGGGCUCGUGGGCGAGGGUGAGGGUGAUGCGGGAAGGGGAGGCGACGGGGAGGCAGAUGUGCGAGACAGUGAGGACAGUGCUGUGGCAGGGCUGCAGUGGAGUGCUGUGGCCAUGACUCUCACGUGCUCCGCGCUGCGCCUGCCACUGCUGCUGCACCUCUUCAUGGACAGACACUCUGCCAGUCACCGUGCUCGCAUGCAGCAACACACACGUGAACAUGACAUGCUCCUCUCAGCGCACCCCUGCUACGUCUGGUUGCUGCACUCCCUCUGCCCACCGCCUCCUUCACCCCCCAUCACCCCCUCGCAAGGCCCCCUGGCUGCACCGGCAGGUGCCCCUGCAGUGGGCGUGCAGGUGGCACAGGGGGUGUGGUGCAACCUAGCAUGGCUCCUCGCCCACCCCCCUCACGGCACUGCCUGGCCCUGGGUGGGCGCGGCGCAGGGGGAGAAGACCGAGGGCGCGUGGGGGGAUGAAGAGGGUGGUGAGAAAAGCAGUGAGGGGCGUGGUGCAGGUGCAGGGAUGAGCGGGGGAGGUGAUGGGGACACGAGUGGUUGCGGAGGGGAAACAGGGCAGGUCCGGCCAGGAGCAGGAGCUGUGGCUCUGUGGGCUGGGAAUCACUUGAGCGGUGUUGUGGGGUGCAGAUGGGUGGGUGGAGCAGACGUGGAUACAUGGGGAGAAGAUGAGCUGUGGUGGUGGCAGAAGGGCCAGUGGGGCGAGGAAGAGUGGUGCGGUAAGGCAAGCACUGCAGGACACAGUGGGAAUGAGGCGACUGGGAGGAGGGCGAUGGGGGACGAGGAGGGGCAGGCGGAGGAGCAGGAUGAGGAGAGAGGAGAGGGCGAGGCAGAGGAGGAGCAAGGGGAGGAGGGGCAUGAGGAGGAGAUGGCGGAUUGCAGUGGCCCACGUGCGGGCUUAGAGGUGCGGAGAGCAGUAGAGGGGCGGUGGGAGGAAGUGCAUGUGUCAGCAGUGGAGCACUGGCAGCAGCACCUCUGGCGCUCCCUGCUGCUCGCGCUGCUUCUCCACCCCCCCUCUCAACCCGCCCUCCCCUCCCACCUCCCCCUGCUCGCCUGCCUUGACCGCCUGCUGGGCCCGACGCAUGUGGCUGCACCGGGCCAUGGGGGGAGCGGGCGGGCGGAAGGCAGGCGAAAAGAAGAGGAGGAGAGGAGUGGAGAGUGGUGGCGGAGUGGCAGGGGAGGGAGGGAGGAGGUGGUAGCAGUGUUGGGGGGAGGCAGAGGCAUGUGGCAGAUGAGGGGUGUGCGCAUGGCACUCACUGCAUCGCACCAUGCAGCACAAGGAGUCACCCUGCCCUGCCUGCUACCGCCAGCACUGCUCUCACCACCGGACUCACUCCACCAUCACCUGCACGCACUCUCCCACCACCCCGCCCCGCUGCCCCCCGCACCUGCACUCGCCCUCGCCCUCCGCCUGCACCUCCUGCUCUUCACCCCGGUCUCAACCAACCCCCUCGCCUCCCACUCACUCCCCCCCGCGACAUUCCCCUGGGAGCUUCCCCCUGCCUUCCCCCUGCCAUGCACCCUCCAACUUGCUCCCCAUGCUGCCCUGCAGCGCCUGCCGUCCCUCUCUGCCCUCUCCCACUCCCUCGCCUCCCUCUCUGCCCGACCCCAUGCCUGUGCCUGGCUCACCGACUCUUCGCCCUUGGCAAACCGCAGUGCACCAGAGGUACCCACUAGCGCCCAUCCAAGCGCACUGCUCCCCCUGCCUCACUCUCUCCGCCACCAGCUGCUGGCAGCAUCGCCCUUGGCGCUCUUUCUCUCACUCCUCCCCUCGCUGCUCUCCCCAUCCGUUGCCCGCGCCGCUCUUAAGGCCACCAUGCACCACCUGCACGGCCUGGCAUCAGCAGCAGCCCUGCUCGCGCGCACACACACGCCCCUGCUCGCCUCCGCCUCCACCUUCCUCUCCCUUCUCGGCCUCUCCUCCUCCCGCCUGCGCCUUGUCAUCGCUGCCUUGCACCUCAUCCUCUCCUCCUCCCCACCCCCCUCGCCCUCGUCCCUGGCCGCCGUUGCCCGCUUCCUGCACUGCUACUGCAUUGCGUGGGCGGGGGGGCAACAGGGCGGGGCGGGCAGGGCAGGGGAGGCGACGCAGCACAAGGCGGCGAGGCAGCUGCUGAGGCUGCUGGAGGGUGCCGUGCUGGGGGAGGCGGAGGGGGCAGGUGGAAAGGGGGAGGGGGAGAAUGGUGCGGGGGGGAUUUGUGUGGUGGAGGUGGGGGCAGCGGAGAAGGGAGGGGUAGGGAAGGGUGUGGUGCGGGGGUGGUCGAACCAUGCAGUGGAGAUGGUGGGGGAGGAGGAGCAGCAGGAGAGGCAGUGGCGAGUGCAGCAGGCGAUGCAGAGGAGGGAGCAGCAGCAGCAGCAGAGGGACGAGUGGGCGUUGGUGCUGGCUCUUGCAGCGGAGUUCUCUCUUCCACCCCCUAACACACUCUUACUGCGCUUCGCACGCGCUAACGACUGGGUCCACCAGCACGUGCCGCACCUGCCGCUGCGCCACCACCUCUCGCUCGCCCUCACCCGCUGUGCCACCCCCUCCUGCCCACCGCCCUCGCUGCUGCCGUACCAUCGCACACCCACCCUCUUCCACGUCCUCUCACAAGCCACCACUGCGCCCGCCAACUCACGCACCCCUGGGAGCACCACUGCUCGCCCCCCUGGCCAUGUGGCGGCACAGCUGCUGUGCAACGCACGGCACCUGCACUGGCCGCUGCUGGCCGUGGUGGCAGCAGGCGUGCAGGGGGGCACGGAGGACAGGCAGGCAGGGGCGACCUCGGGGAUCACCCUGUUCCACCUGGCGUGCCUCGACUGCUGGCUGCAUGCCACCUGUGCAGAGCUGCUUGCAGCAUCGACCCACGCUGGAUCGCACGGCCUUGCUGCCGUUGGUAGGGUUGUGUCCGCCCAGGGGGGGAUGGAGAGACUAGGGCGGCUGGGAGAAGGGGGGGAGGAAGAGGGUGAAGCAGAGGAGGGGGUUGAGAAGGCGUGUGGAGGAGGAGUGGGGGGGAAUCGGGAGUGGGUUCUGGGGUUGCAGCAAGGGAAGCGGCGGCGAGUGGAGGCAGAGAGAGGAUGGAAAGGGGAGAGGCAGGCAGCAGGCAUGGUUGAAGGGGAGCAGAGGGUGCCACAUUCACAGGCACAGCCAGGCGCGGAGGCAACGCAAGUGGAGGGGCAGGAGAGGAGGCAUGGGGGCGAGGAGGCGAGGGGCAUGGGGCUUGGCGGCAUGGUGGCGUGGCUGUGCCGCGAGGGGUGUGUGCUGCCGCUGCUGCGCGGGCUGCACCUCUUCCUGCCUCGCUGCUCCCUGCUCUACCUCCUCCUCGCACUGCAGGCGCACUGGCGGCAGCACAGUGAGGAGGCGGAGGCGUGUGUGGCGGAGUUCAACGUGCUGGCGGACAGGGAGCACGCGCAUGCACAAGCAGCGCACCACCACCAAGGGCACGCACUGGGGGAGGCGUUGGGAGACUUGGAGGAUGUGUGGGGUGCUGAAGGGGCAGCGGAAGAGGAGCAAGCAGUGACCCAUGACCUCCCUCCUCUGCACACUCGCUCCUCCUUCUUCUCCCCCUCCCUCUCUCUGCGCUCCCUUGCCCUCCGCUGCUCUCUCUCCCCCUCGGCUAUCCUCUCCUCCCUCGCAUCGCUAGCAGUUGAUGCAGCCAUUGCCCGUGCUGCCUCACCGCACCAAACUCUCUCCCUCCUCCACCUCUUAUCACGCGCCCGCCUGCCCCCACCUGCCCAGCACCGCCUGCAGCAGCUUCAGGUGGAAGCCCAGCUGCUCUCAGGUGACCCUUCAGGGUCCUCCGCCUCCCCGCUGCCCUCUGUACCCCCUGUGGCUGCGCGUGGAAAUUCCAGCAGUGCGGCAGGGGCAAGGGUGGAUGGAGGGGCGGAGCAGAGUUGGGCGGAGGGGGAUAGAGGGUGGGGCGCAGCAACGGAGCAGGGCGAGGAAAGGGUGGGGGAGCGGGGGGAGAGUGCGGAGGGCGGAUGGGGCAAUGAGGCACUAGAGCAGCUGGUGCAGGCGGGCAGGUGGAACGAGGCACGGGUACUGGCAGGCCGGCUGGAGGGCCAUGGGGGCAGUGGCAGCACAGCACGGGGGGAUGGCGCACGUAUGGCAGAUGGGGGAGGAAAUUCACAUGGAGGGGGAGGAUGGAUGGGGGAGAGGGUGGAACAGGCGGGAAGCGGGGAUGAGGAGGGGGAUGAGAUGGGGGAGGGGAGCACGGGUGCGGCAUCGAUGACGCAGGAAGCCAGUGCGUUGCAGGCGCGCAUAACCCUCUCUCAGGCGGAGCACAUGGUGCAGGAGUGGCAGCACCUGCUGUGGGAGGAGGAGGAUGAGCGCGCAGUGGUGUGGGAGCACUGCCACCACCUCUUCAUGCGCCACCGCCUCCCACCGCACCGUGCCGUUGCCUUCUUCCUCGCCCAUGCCUGCUCGCUUGGCACCCAGCUCUCACGCCCCACUGCCAUGCCUGCUGCUGUGCCCGCCCCUGACAGUGACGCAGAGGGCAUUGGGGGCAGCAGGGAGGAUGGAGUGGGGGCGGUGGAGGGCAAAGGGGAGGAUGAGGAGGAGGAGGAGGAGAGGGUGGAGGCAGAGACAGACCCCCUCAGUGAAGGCUUGUGGAGUGCCGUGAGCGUGUGGGGGGGAGAAGAGGAGGGGCAAGAGGAGGAGGAAGAGGAGGAGGAGGUUUGGAGUGAAGCAGGCGAGGAGGGCGAUGGUUGGAGCAAUGACAUGGAGUGUGCGCAGAGGAGGGCGCGGUGUCUGCACCCCGUGCUGCUGCUUGCACUGCAGUGGAACCUCAGAGCAUACCACCUCGCUUAUCUCCAUGCAUGCAGGUCAGCAGCAGCACCGCACACGGCACCUGAGGACUGCACAACCCCGCACGCCACCACCACUGAGUGCGAGCUGUCGCUCUCCGCCCUCGCCUGCCGUGUGUGGGAGGUGGCAGCACUGGCGGACCACCCCCUGCAAUCGCCCCACCACUGCACGACCUUCCCCGGGCUCUCCGUGCCGCUCUGCUCCCUGUGGCACCGCCUGGCGCGUGGCCCUGCGAGCUCCUUCCUCGCUCGCACCGCGCGCGUGAUGGCUGCCAACCAAGACGCCCUCUGCGCUGCCGCCGCCGCCCCGCUCGACUCGCCCUCCUCCUGCACCACCCAGCUGCCACUGCCACCCGUUUGGCCGUCACCAGACGGCGAUGCAGGGAGAGGAGAGGAGGAGGAGAGGGCGAGGGAGGGCGUGGUGCAGGUGCUGCUGGAGCGAGGGCAGAUGGAGGGUGCACGUGCAGUGUGUGCACACGUGGAUGGUGAUGAUGGCAGGGAUGGCAUGAUGGAGGCGGAUGUGGCGAUGGUGGAGGCAGCAGAGGCGAUAGCGGUGCAUGAGGGCAUGAUGGACGAGGACAUGCAUGCCAUGGUGCUGCAUGCAUGCCGCACAUGCCCUGUGGAGGACGAUACUCGCCACCUGCUCUUCUCCGACCAACCCUUGGAUGUCCUCACAGCCCUUGCCAGGCUCGCCUCGCUCCCCUCCACCCGGCUCUGCAUCCUGCGCUGCUUCGCCCGCCGCCAAGCACUGCAGCUCCUGUCGAGCCUCUCCGAACCGCUCUCCGCCGUCUCCGUGCCUGCACUGCUGCGAGCGCUGCUGGCGGAGGGUGAAGCGGCGGUGGCGAGUGUGCAGCUGCUGCUGGCCACAGGGGUGCUGUCUGGCGCUGACGCCGUGCCCGCCGUGGCAGAGCGAAUCGUUCAGGUGAUAGACAGCGGGUACAGCAGUGCGGCCAGCACCGCGUGGCGCAGCACCCCGUACAGGCGGUUCACGGACGUACGGGGCAGAGGGCAUGGCGAUGGGGAGGCGGUGCAGGGAGUGGGUGGCGGCAGCACAGCGGCACGGGGUGCAGCCCGACAGGGCAGUGCCAAUGUUGCGCGCACUGCAUUCAUGUCGCCAUCGCACCCCGCUGCACCACCUCCCUCAUCGUCUGCAGCGUCGCCUCGGUCCUUCCACCCGUCCCCCCUCCUUGCACGGGCAUCCUCAGUGUCGUCAUCAGCAGCACCAUCUACUCGCAGCUUGGGGCGCACUGCUAGUGGCAAGGCGCUGUGGGGGGGGGAAGCACCCGGUGCACUGGAUGCAGCGUCCCGCCUGCCAUGGGACGAGUCCGAGGUGGCGGCGCUGCUCUCCCUGCUCUCCCACCACCCCGCCCUGCCUGACCUCCCUUUCGCACUCCCACCGCUGCCUCCUGCUUCACCAUCUGCCUACAACAGCAGCAGCAGGGGCGAGAGCAGUGAGGCUCCGCCCUUGAUUUUCCUGCCGCUGGCUUUGCUUCACUGCCUGAAACACCUUGACGGGGCCAACGCCAAUACCCAGGUCGAUGUGCUGCUUCUUGCACACUACGCCAGUGUGGCAGUCCCCCUGGCAGCCAAUGAGACGCUGCCACGUGUCACAGAGGCGAUGGUCCAGUGUGCGGUGUCGUUGUCCUCGCCGUCCCUUGCAUCCGCCUCACUGCGCCUUCUCCUGGCCACCACCAACCCGCGCCCCCUCUGCUUCAUCCUCACGCGCCUCCUUGCCUCCGGCCAGCUUGCCUUCCUGCUCUCCCGCCUGCCUGCCGCCGCCUCUGCUGCCCAUGCCGUGCGCUCCGUCUUCCUCCAAGCCACCCUCCCUGCCGCCAGCGCCAGCAACCCCAUGAGUAGCAUGCUCUCCCUCUCCGCCCUCGCCCCGCCCCCAUCCACCGCCACCACCACGUGCGGCACAUGUGCCAGAGGCUUCUGCCCUGUUCCCACGGCCGUGCCGCAUGCCUCCAGGCGGGGCAGCGGCGUUGGUGGUGGCAGGUGCAGCGGGGGAGGGGGGUGUUUGGCAUUGGAGGUGCGCAUUGCACUGCACACAGCGGCAUGGAGCCAGGGGCUGUGCGAUGACAGCAAGAACCUCGUGUUGCAGCAGCUGGGGCCGGCACGGGAGUUGGCGGAGGCGCAGGAGAGGCGGGCGGGGGACUACCUGGCGGACUGGCGGGCGCUGCAGUCGUCGCGCUGGCUGCACGCCAACGACGACGCCGCCGUGCUCAUGCUGCUCGACGCCAUGCGCUGCCUCACAGCCGCCGCCUCCAUGUGGGAGCGCCUGGGGGCGGGCGACAGGGCGCGGCGCAGCGUGGCACAGGCAGCGCUGCUGGGGCUGCAGGUGCACGUGGGGGACACACUCAUUGGGCUCACACCUGCUGCUGCCAGCGUGCUGCUGCAGCAGCAGCACCGCUUCUUCGAGGCACUCGUCAUCGCCAACGCAUACGAUCUCACCUCGCCUGCCGACUGGUCGCUACUCCUCUGGACCCACCUGGACCGCUUCCGACCAUCGCCGGAGUUUCUGGACGAGUGGGCGAUGGCUGUGCCGAUGGCGCUGGACAUGCUGCUAGACGUGGCGGAGCGCGUGCAGCACGAGGUGGGUAACAACCGCUCCGCUCACGUGAAUUACCUGGCGGGCGCGUUCCGGCACCUGCUGUGGCUGGUGCCGAACCUGGAGGAGCGGCUGCAGCUGGCGACGGUGUCACGUGCUGCACCUGCGGAGGUGGACAAGUGCCUCAGCAUGCUGGACCGCGUGCCCGCCACCACUGCCCCCCUCCUGCUGCGCCGAGGCCAUGGCGGGGCAUACAUGCCCGUGCUGUGA